AUGAUGAUGAUGAUGAUUUCUCCCUCCUCCCUCCUCAUCUCCGCCGAGCAGCAGACUGGCCUUCGCGAUGAGCGGGCCAUCGCCGCCGCCUGCGUCCCGUGGCGGGGGUCCCCGGCCACCGCCGGCAAGUGCGACCACGUCAUGUCCGCCGUCGUGCCCCCCUCCCUCCCUAACAACGUCCUCCUCAUUGGCCAGUCGUACGAGGCCACAGACAAGGCUGCCGCCAACAAGACGGUGUUAAUGGGCGCGUUCUUCCCGCCCGUGUGUCGGAAUCCCCUGCUGGCAUUGACGUGCAUGGGCAACUUCCUCCACUGCCGCUUCUCCACCGUGCCUCAGUUCGACGUCUACCCGCCUUGCCGGUCGGUGUGCGAAGCCGUGGUCCUGGGCUGCACCGCCUUCUUUGAGUCGCAGGGCACCCUCGGUCAGCUGCCGGACUGCGAUCAGAUCGACAACAGCACCGGCACGCCCUUGCCGGCCUUCCCUCCGGACGGCACCCAGUGCCUCUCCGUGCCACCCGACCUCUGUACCACCUCCCCUAAGCCAUUCAUUCAUGGCGACCUUACCGACCAUCUUGUGCCGUACACGCAGGCGGACUGCCCCUAUCCGCUAAAGUACAACUACGACGGCGAGUCGUCGUUCGCCGAGAACGGCUACAACGGACAGGACAUGUGCGUCAUGCCCUGCCCGAACCCGAUGUGGAGCGACGCCGAGUGGACCGGCGGCAUCACCAUCAUGAUGAUCGUCGGCGGCUGCUCGUUCAUCCUCGCCGCCUUCAUGGUGAUCACGCUGUGUCUCAUGCCCGCCAAGCGACGCUACCCCGGCUCCCUCUUCAUCUACAUCAUCAGUUGCUCGAUGGUGGUGAGCUUCGUGGUGGUGUUCUUCCCGCUCGUUUCGGGCGGACCCACUCGCAUGGUCUGCACUCACGGCUCGCCUCCGGUUGAGGUCACGUUCGACAAUGCGCGCGAACACGAUGGCGGCGGCGUACCGUGCGUGCUUCAAGGAAUGGGCAUCCUUUUCUUCGGACUCGCAGCCAAUUUCUGGUGGCUCGCGUUGUGCAUCAACGUGUUCGAGGGAAUUCGUCGGUUCCAUUUGUUCUUCCACAUCGUGGCGUGGGGCCUUCCGACCCUCGCCGUCAUUAUCUGUCUUGCCGGCACCACCUUCGGCGCGCUGCCGGCGAUUCCCUACUGCUUCGUGGCGGGCAACGAGUGGUGGGCCUGGACCGUCUUCUACUUCCCCAUCGGCAUCACCCUCAUCGUCGGAAGCAUUCUGAUGGUGGCUGCGGUCGGGCGCAUGAUCAAGAUUCGAUUCCGCAUCCGGCGAGGCACGACGACGGGCCAGACCAUCGAGCAGGUGGUCCGGCUACUGCUCUUGAUCGUCGCCUACUGGCUCAUCCUUACCUACCCCUGGGCCUUCCGUAUCUACACGCGCGUCAUCGAAGAUGACAUCGCCGAUGGCGUUGAAGCGCAGAUUCGUUGCAGCGUGGCGACCGGACAGGAGUGUGGGCUGGACACGCGCAUCAACAUCGGCUCGUGGUACCUCAUGCUCAUUGAUCUGAGUUGCCACGGCUUCGUGCUGUUCGGCUGCCUCUGCUCGACGGAGACCAUCCGGUUCUGGGUGCAAAUCCACAAGAUCAUGUACACCAAGCCCUUCCGAGAUGCCAUUGCCGAGGUCAAGGACAUGAUCUCCGGUUCGGGCGAUGACGGAUGGAGCAAGAGCACAGUCUCGCGCCAGUCCAAGCGAAGCUCCAUGAUGGCAUCAAGGUCGCAGGUCAGCGCAGACACGAGGAGCGCUAGUGUCGAGCAGGACGGUGACGAAGAGGGCCUGUAA